GGGCCUCAGCCAGCGGAGCAUCCAGCUCACACUUCACGCGCUGAGGGAGCAACCAGAACAAGGCUCCUCUCGUCGUUAUUGCUGAGGCUCCGGCCGAGUAGAGCUCAGGCCAUGAACCUCUACAUGCUUAAACAAACGUCCCUCCUCCUACCGCUGCUCCUUUGCUGUGUCUGUAAUACCGUCCGCUGCUCGGCAGCCCCGGACACCAACACCAGCGCGGAAACGGACGCGCUCGCGCUGCUCGAGUUCAAGCGCGCCGCCAGCGAUCCAGGGGGAGCGCUGAGCAGCUGGAACGCGAGCACCAGUCUCUGCCAGUGGAAGGGCGUGACGUGCGCCGACGACCCCAAGAACAACGGAGCAGGGCGAGUGACGGAGCUCCGCCUCGCGGACCGCGGGCUGUCGGGCGCCAUCGCCGGCUCCGUCGGAAACCUGACCGCCCUCCGCGUCCUCGACCUGUCCAACAACCGGUUCUCCGGCCGGAUACCUGCUGUCGACAGUAUCCGCGGCCUCCAAGUCCUUGAUCUGAGCACCAACUCGUUAGAGGGGAGCGUUCCAGAUGCACUCACAAACUGCUCCAGCCUGGAAAGGUUGUGGCUCUAUUCCAACGCGCUUACGGGUUCAAUUCCUCGAAAUAUAGGCUACCUUUCGAACCUAGUGAAUUUCGACCUGUCCGGGAACAACCUUACCGGGACCAUCCCGCCGUCGAUCGGAAACGCCAGCAGACUGGACGUGCUGUACCUUGGUGGAAAUCAGCUGACGGGGAGCAUUCCGGACGGUGUAGGGGAGCUGUCAGCUAUGUCUGUGCUGGAACUAAACAACAAUUUGCUGUCAGGUAGCAUCCCAUCGACCCUUUUUAAUCUGUCGUCUCUUCAAACGCUGGACUUGGGUUCAAAUAUGCUGGUCGACACCCUUCCGUCUGACAUGGGGGACUGGCUCGUCAGCCUCCAAUCUCUCUUCUUAAACGGGAACCAGCUCCAAGGUCAGAUACCAUCGUCCAUUGGCAGAGCUUCAGAGCUACAAUCUAUACACAUCUCAGCCAACCGCUUCUCUGGCCCGAUCCCAGCUUCUCUGGGCAACCUCUCCAAGCUCUCAACUCUCAACCUCGAGGAAAACGCCCUCGAAACACGGGGAGACGACCAGAGCUGGGGGUUCUUGGCCGCCCUGGGAAACUGUGCCCUUCUGAACUCACUCUCACUAGAUAACAAUAAUCUACAGGGAGAGCUACCAGAUUCGAUCGGUAACCUGGCCCCAGGUCUUCAAGUCCUGCGUAUGGGCUUCAACAACAUGUCAGGAACAGUCCCUCCAGGCAUAGGCAAGCUGCGGAACCUAACGACGCUUGGGCUAAGCCACAACAGGUUUACUGGUGUACUUGGAGGAUGGCUCGGAAACCUGGAGAACCUGCAGUACGUAGAUCUUGAGAGCAACGGUUUUACUGGGCCCAUCCCACCUUCUGCUGGGAACCUUACACAGCUCUUGGCGCUCAAGCUAGCGAACAACGGGUUCCAGGGCUCCGUACCAGCGAGCUUCGGUAACCUUCAGCAGCUCGCGUAUCUGGAUCUGAGCUAUAAUAAUCUCCGAGGCAGCGUACCUGGCGAGGCCCUCACUUCACCAAGAAUGAGGACGUGUGUUUUGUCCUACAACAGUUUGGAAGGCUCCAUACCGCUUGAUUUUAGCAGGCUUCAGGAGUUAACUGAGCUAUCUCUCUCCUCUAACGCGUUCACAGGGGAUAUCCCUGACAGCAUAGGCCAGUGUCAAAUGCUACAGACAGUCGAGAUGGACAGGAACCUCCUCACGGGCAACGUCCCAGUAUCGUUCGGCAACUUGAAGAGCUUGAGCACUCUGAAUCUUUCGCACAACAAUUUGUCAGGUCCCAUCCCGUCAGCAGCUCUCACUGGCCUACAGUACCUGACACGCCUAGAUAUCUCUUACAAUGACUUCACCGGAGAAGUUCCGAGAGACGGAGUGUUCGCAAACGCCACGGCUGUUUCACUCCAAGGCAACCGGGGACUGUGCGGAGGAGCAACGACCCUCCAUAUGCCUUCGUGCCGAACUAGAUCUAAUAAGAGGGCGGAAACACAGUACUAUCUGAUAGAAGUUUUGAUCCCAGUAUUUGGCUUCAUGUCGCUUGCAUUGCUGAUAUACUUCUUGCUCAUUGAGAAGACGACCAGGAGACGACGACGGCAACAUUUGCCGUUCCCUUCGUUUGGCAAGCAGUUCCCUAAGGUCACCUACCAAGAUCUCGCCCAAGCAACGAAGGACUUCUCGGAGUCUAACCUGGUCGGCAGAGGAAGCUACGGGUCAGUGUACAGAUGCAGGUUAAAGGAGCACGGAAUGGAGGAGGAGAUGGCGGUGAAGGUCUUCGACCUCGAGAUGCCAGGCGCGGAGAGGAGCUUCUUGGCCGAGUGCGAAGCGCUGAGGAGCAUCCAGCAUCGCAACCUUCUGCCCAUCAGAACCGCGUGCUCGGCGGUCGACAACAGGGGCGGCAUGUUCAAGGCCUUGCUCUACGAGUUCAUGCCUAACGGGAGCCUGGACACGUGGUUGCACCCUAGAGCGGCGCCGCCGGCGGGGGGCGGGAAAGCUCCGAAGCGUCUAGGCUUCUCUCAGAGAGUGAACGUCAUCGUCAACGUAGCCGAUGUGCUGGACUAUUUGCACCACGAGUGCGGGAGGCCGACUGUUCAUUGCGACCUGAAGCCCAGCAACAUCCUCCUGGACGACGACCUCAACGCCCUUCUGGGAGAUUUCGGCAUCGCGAGGUUUUACGCUGACUCCAAGUCAGCACCGCCGCCGGCGGUAGACGACCCAACUAGUUCCGUCGGUGUGAGAGGGACUAUAGGAUACAUCGCUCCAGAGUACGCGGGAGGUGUCCGCCUGGCGUCUACCUCUGGAGAUGUUUACAGCUUUGGUGUAGUUGUUUUGGAGAUGGUGACAGGCAAGCGACCAACAGACCCUACCUUCAAAGAUGGGCUGGAUAUCGUCAACUUUGUGAGCAGCAACUUUCCGCAUCAGAUAUCCCGCGUCGUCGAUCCUCGUCUCAGCGAGGAGUGCAAGGAGUUUUCCCGAGAUAAGGUGGAACCAGAAAAUGCAGCUUACCAGUGUUUACUGUGCCUGCUACAAGUAGCUCUUUCAUGCACGCACCCGUCACCAAGUGAAAGGGUCAGCAUAAAAGAAGUAGCCAACAAACUGCAUGCAACCCAGAUGGCAUAUGAAGGAGCGAAAGAAAAGAAAUAAAAUACAUGUUUCAGCAUAGUGAUAGUGUGAUACCAUGCUACGAGAAAAAGGGACCAGAGUGGUUGUCUUAGCCGUGUUUGACCGCGUUCCUCCUGCCGCGGCUAAGCUGCCAUUAUACAUGUCCAAACGGGUCGGGCCUAACGGGUAGCCCGAAGCACGGCACGGGUUAGGCCCGACCCGUACCCGGCACGGCACGGAAGGCGACGGGCUCGGGCCGGCCCGGCACGACACCCGGGCCGUGGUUGGGCCUGAGUCGGGGCACGUCGGGCGGAGCCCGAGCACGGCCCGUUUAAACUUACGGCCCGUUCCAAGCCCGGCUCACAUCAAAAUAUCCCUCCCCGACUCCCCCGUCCGCCGCACCGCCCGCACGCGCACACAUUCCAGUCUUCCACAUUUUCGUCUCCUCUCUCGCCCUCGCGACCUCGCCCUCUCCGUCUCCGUCACACUCGCGGACUCGCCCUCUCUGGAUCUCCUUCGUGGAGUGGCUCCGUGGAUCCGUGCUUUGCGCUCGUCGGCCGUCGACUGUCGUGUUCCUCUUGCUCCGGUGAGCCGACAUAGCCCCUGCCCCCUGUCUGUAAGUUCGACUACUUCUCGGCUUCUCCUAACCCUAAACCUAAACUGGUGAGUGGUGGUCGUCGGUGACUUUUCGGUGCUCUUGCUCUUCCGAUUUGUUCUUAGAUCUCUUGUUUCCUCUCGCCUUCUCCGUCUCGCUUCUUCGCUUAGGGUUUAGGGUUUGUGCCUCCCUGAUUCUGUGCGACUGUGCGUGCCUCUCCGGCUCUCCGUCUCGCUUCUUUGUUCUAAUCUGCUCUGCCUACACUCGUCCAAUCCUCCUUGACCUCAAGCAACAUCAGCUCUGCUCCUCUGGUUGCCCCUCGUCGACGACUCCGGUGCUCCGGCCACUCAGGUCGUUGAGGAACCGGUGACGUCGUUGAGGAGACGGUCAAGUAUCCCUCCAUCUCCAUGGAUCUUGAUCAGGACGCCGAGUCGGCGGAGCGUGAGCUUGAGGAUCACAACGAGCGUUUGGAUGAGUUGGCCUUGUUUGGGAUUGGCACUGCCACUGGCAGCAAUGUUGAUCCCGUAGAUGUUGAUGCGGCGCCUGUGACUGCCUCCUCGAGCCCCACUGCCACUGGUGGUAGCACUGCCCGUGACAACCGGCCGAGGAAGAGGCUAGCGACAUCUAGGGUUUGGGCUGACUUCGAGGAAGUAACUGGGCUCGACGACAAAGGUAAGAAGGGUGCUUGAGGAGCGACGACGACGACUUACAACAGAUAUGGUUGAGGUCUUAUCUUGUAUUAAGGAUUGGGAGCUGGCAGAUAAGCAUAUGCAGAAUACUGUGGAGAAGGAGACCAAGGAACUCGAAUCAACCUUUGAGAACAUGUACCUUGAUGUUGAAGAUAGUUCAAACAAGAGGGGGAAAGACAAAGAUGUGGAAACUGGUCCCUCAACUUAGGUCUUAGGAGUUGGUUGGACUCUUCUUAGUUUACUUCUGUCUGCUAUGUUUUACUUUUCUACUGAUGUAAUGAACUUAAUGAACACUUGAACAAUUAGGAGCUGGCUGUACUCUUUUCCUUCCUAGGGUUUUCUCACGAGGUGUGAGUUUUUACCUAGGAAGGUUUUUAAUGAGGCAGCAUUGCACUAACAGCUCCAAUAUUAUUCAACUUAUCUUGCCUUCUCAUUUUUAGCUUGCUGGUACUUGUGAAUUGUGAAUUUGUAAUUGUGAAUUUGUGUAAUUGUGAAUGUGUGAUCUUGUAAUUGUGAAUUU